GCGCGGGGCCGGCGCCCGCCGCUUUUAAACCCGGGCGGGCGCGGCGGCGGCGGCGGGCGGAUCGCGGAGCGCGCUGGGCGCCGGGCGGCGGCCGGAUGGAGAGGAAGGGCUCGGCGGCCGCGGCCAAGGGGAACCCGAGCCCGCCCGCGGCCGGCGAGGCGCAGCGGCCGCCGCCGCCACUGUGCGUCCCGGGCGGCGGCGGCGGCGGCGGCGGGGUCCCGGCGCGCGGCCAGGCUGGGGCGGCGGCCGAGCCCGCCGAGUUCAUCCGGCGGGCGCACGAGUUCAAGAGCCAAGGGGCGCAGUGCUACAAGGACAAGAAAUUCCGCGAAGCCAUCGGCAAAUACCACCGGGCGUUGUUGGAGCUGAAGGGGCUGCUGCCGGCGCCGGGGGAGCAGGAGCGGGACUCGCGCGCGGCCUCCCCGCCCGGGGCCCCCAACCCCGGCCGCCUCUCGGAGGAGCAGAGCAAGACGGUGGAAGCCAUCGAGAUCGACUGCUACAACAGCCUGGCAGCCUGCCUGCUCCAGGCUGAGCUGGUGAACUACGAGCGAGUCAAGGAAUAUUGCCUCAAAGUCCUGAAGAAGGAAGGAGAGAACUUCAAGGCUCUUUACCGGUCUGGUGUAGCCUUCUACCACCUUGGAGACUAUGACAAAGCACUCUACUACCUGAAAGAAGCAAGGACCCGACAGCCAACAGACACCAACGUGAUUCGGUACAUCCAGCUGACGGAGAUGAAGCUCAGCCGAUUCUCCCAGAGAGAGAAGGAAGCCAUGUGACAGCUGCAGCCGCCCCCGAGGACGGACUUCCAGGCAGCCCCCCGGCGAAGGGCCCCUCCUGGGUUUUGCUCCCUUCUCCCCACUUCUGCCGGCUCCCCCUCUCUUCCUCCGGCUGCCCCUCAACAAUCUGUCUGCUCCCAGUGGGAAAGGAAGGAGCGGCAGAUUUGGAACCUGGCGGGUUGCCUGCCAU